AUGGCGGAAAUAGAAACACAGGAUAGCUACCUUGAGCUUGGGGGUAGUUUCCUCAAGGACCUACCCCGGUCAAUCAAGAGAUAUCCAUACGAAGGGGCACCUUCCUUCUUUCGUAUCUUGAAUCUGGAAUUGAAUCGCAGCCAAUCCUCGGGUUGUGACAGAACCGAAUUUGUUUUGUUCCAUGCGAGUCGUGAAACGAUUGAACACUUAUUUUGCCCAAUCAAUGAAGAAAAUACCAUCACCUCCCAUUGCUCCGCAUACGAUCUGACUGAGGAACUUUUUCUUGCAAGGAUGGCUUCAUCCGCCGAACAUGCCACUGCAUCAUAUGCUUUGGACCACGCUAUCACCGAAUGCCUUCUCCCAAUGGGGCUCUCUACUAAGAUUCACGGAUACCCUGGUGCAGUUAUCGCAGGGAGAGAUAGGGGGAAAGCGGGGGACCACGGCUGGGGUCCCAGGAGACCACCACCUGGAUACCCAAAGCGCCCCUCAGUUGUUUUAGAGGUUGCGUACUCGGAGUCUGAUUCAAAGCUUAACUCUGAUGUUCGAUUCUGGCUAGAUCCAGAUGAUGGAAAUGCAAGGAUAUGUCUUACUCUAAGAAUCGAUAGAGAUGAGCCAAAUAUCCGCAUUGAGAGAUGGAAUCUCCAUAACGACAGACCACACCGUUCCCAAGUCGUCUGGAUCAAGAGAGCUUCGAAUCGAAUGAGAGUCGACAACCACCCCCUCGUCAUACCAUUCCAGGAUUUAUUUCUUCGACCUCCAUCCACACCCGCCGAAAGAGAUCUUCGAAUCUCAGCGCAAACCCUCGAAGAUAUUGCAGAUCGAAUUUGGGAUAUGCAGGGCUUCCAGUGA